AUGGCGGUACUUCUGCAUCCGGCGCUCAGCCCAGCAUCUGGCAAUACGGACUCAUUCUCAUUGUCCAGUGAUGGCUCAAUGCCCUUCAGCGGGUCCCGUAGCUUGCCUCCUGCUGUGGUUUCCCCUAAAAGUGCACCGUCCAAGCGACCCUUCUCAGCGAUAGACUCACUCUCCGACUCGGACAAUGGCUACGACUCAGAUGAUGCUCCCGUAACGGAAAAUUGCGACGCCAUACGACGCAAAAUCAAUAGCCUUAUUAAUAGUGGAGAGAUGAAGGUGACAGAAUUCCAGCGAGCUUGCGAUAUCAACAGUAACUCCUAUGGAAGGUUUAUGAAGUUGAAAGGCCCAUACGCGGGUAACAUGAAUCAGACGUAUAAAGCAGCUUUCCACUUCUUCGAACGUCGGAAGCGGGCUGGGAUAAAGGAGCCUAUCAAAAAGAAAGUCAAGAAGGACGAGGAGAGUCGGAAGCUCGAUGUGUCGGGCGUUGAGCUCGAGGGAGAAAAUGACGAGUCUGUCCCCGUCUACGAUACUUGUGAUGAGGUCCGUCGAAAAAUCGCCGCAUAUCUCCGUGAGCCCAACGUCACGCAAGCCGGCUUCCUACGCGAACUCGCAAAGACUCUCCCGGACCCAUCUGCAAAGUUGCAGUCGAAGCAGCUCAAGGACUUUCAAACCAAGAAGGGUGCCCUAGAGGGGCAGACAUCGCGGAUCUUUUACGCAGCAUAUGUAUUUUUCGAGAAACAAAGACUCCAGCAAGGGAAGCCCAAAAGUAAGAAGAGAGAAGAGAAUGAGAAGGUCUGGGGCCUGGAGGGAGGUAUUGACACCAAGCGGAGGCAAAGCAAUGUCUGGUGCCUUGCUGGAGAAAAGCCUUAUAUGGAUAAUUAUGGCACCAAAGCUAAAGCCAUGUUUUCGCACCUCGUAGCCCCAGCGCUGGCGCUGCUCAUCUUCACUGCUCUCGCUUUGCCGACUGUCGACGGUCUCCCCGUUGCGACUCUCAGCGAGUCCCAGCUCGUCUCGAUAGCACCAAAAUCUUUUUCCUGCGCCGAUGCUUCCAGCCAACAGGAAUGCCGCACCGCUGCGCAAGCUGUUGGGCCCAUCAGCGCGUCAUUUACAACGUACGGUGUCACUACCCCAGGGGAGCAAGCCGCGAUUCUCUCAACCAUGGCAUUCGAGUCGGACGAUUUUCAGUACCAAAUUAAUCAUUUUCCAGGCACGCCAGGUCAAGGGACUCGAAACAUGCAAUCCCCAGCUUAUAACCUCAAGUACGCGCAAUCGAUCUCGGCAUUAGCACCGUAUCUCGAUAAAAUCCAAACAUCCGAUGUAGUAGCCGUCCUUGACCUUUUGAUCCAAUACACAAAUUAUGACUUCGGUAGCGCCGCCUGUGAUCAGAGUGUCAGGGAUGGAUUGCAGAGCGGGAGCGCAGCUGGCUUCAGCGCGUAUAUCGCAUGUAUUGGGACCACCGAAACGAGCGACAGGACUGCGUACUAUCAGCGAGCAGUGACUGCACUAGGGGUCACGACCUCGUAG